CGUUGUAUAACACCACUUUCCCUCCAUUUCCUUCCCAACCCCCUCACCACCGCUGCAGCCAGAAUCCGGUAUCCAUGGCCACCGGAAUUCAAGAGAAAGACCUAGUCACCAUGAGGAGGAGAGUUGCCGCCGUCAGCAACCACCUCCUUCCUUCGCCCCAUAGUUCAAUUUCCCCCAUCAUAAGCUCGUCAAAUUGCAGCGCUUCCAUGAACGAUAGCUAUCAUCGGAUUCACGGUGAAGUGCCAAAUCAUUUACCUGUUUGGAAAAUCGCUUGUGAUGAGUCUGGGAAGGAUUUCACUGAUAUUAUAUACGAGAAAGCUGAAGGAGAAGCCAUUGCCAAGAUAACAAUAAACAGACCAGAGAGGAGAAAUGCAUUCCGACCACAUACAGUUAAGGAACUAAUUCGUGCCUUCAAUGAUGCCAGGGAUGAUGGUACAAUUGGAGUCAUCAUUCUCACUGGAAAGGGAACCAAGGCUUUUUGUAGUGGCGGUGAUCAGGCACUUAGAAGUGACGAUGGUUAUGCUGAUUUUGAGAAUUUCGGCCGACUUAAUGUUCUUGAUUUACAAGUGCAGAUUCGGCGGCUUCCAAAGCCAGUAAUAGCAAUGGUUGCAGGCUAUGCUGUUGGCGGAGGGCAUGUGUUGCAUAUGGUCUGCGAUCUAACGAUUGCUGCAGAUAAUGCUAUUUUUGGUCAGACGGGUCCAAAGGUGGGAAGCUUUGAUGCUGGUUAUGGGAGCUCAAUAAUGUCACGUUUGGUUGGCCCUAAAAAAGCCCGUGAAAUGUGGUUUUUGGCACGGUUCUACUCCGCUCAAGAAGCGGAAAGAAUGGGACUGAUCAAUACGGUAGUCCCUCUAGAAAAACUAGAAGAGGAAACAGUUAAAUGGUGCAGGGAGAUCAUAAGAAACAGCCCCACUGCCAUUCGGGUGCUAAAAUCGUCCAUAAACGCAGUCGAUGAUGGGCAUGCUGGACUCCAGGAAAUCGGAGGAAAUGCCACUCUUAUUUUCUAUGGAACGGAAGAAGGGAAGGAGGGAAAGACGGCAUACAUGGAACGUAGGCCUCCGAACUUUUCAAAGUUUCCUCGACGACCUUAAAUUGUGUAGGAUAGUAGCUUCAUUGUUGUAUCAUUGUGUUAUAAAUUGUAUCUGGAAUUAAGUGGUUGAGCAAAAUGUAUCAAUUUUCUAUAAAAUGGUUUGUGGUAACUAUUGUAUUUGUUUUUUCAUAAACGAUAAGAUUUUUUGAUGC